AUGCAAAAACAUAAUAUACAUAGUAUAUCUGCUCAUAGAAGGAUUAUUUCAUCCUCCAUAAAACCUUCAGUAAGUAGAAUAACCAGUGCACAAUCAAGAUCUAAAUCAAAUUAUAAAACAGUUAAUUAAAAUCCUUUUGGAUUCUUAUUUGAAUCUGUUAUACCUAUUAUUCCAGAGAAGUCUAAUGUCCCAUUAAAAAUAAUAGAAAAAUACUUUGAAGAAGGUUAUUUAAUUAACAAUCAUAAAACAAUAGUUUCCACUUUAAAACAUGUGUCUGGAGAAGUAAAGAAAUAUUUACAAUAUAAUUUCAUCUAAGUUUAAGAACUUACUAAAUCAUAUUAAAUUUAAGUUAAAGAUCCUAAAUUAUUGUUUCUUAUGUAUGAGAGUCUAAUAAAUUUAGAUAAAAAUAUUAUUCAAGAUCUAUUUGUUAAAAAAUAAUAACUGGAUAAUUAGGAUGAUAAUAAAGAACAUCCUAAACAUCAUUUUAGAUUUGAUAUUUUAAUUAAAUGCAUUGAAAUAUUUAAUGAACUUGUAUCCAGUUUAUUAAAGAUUAUAGAUGAUAAAGCUAUUGCUAUAUUUAUUGAAUAAAUUUGGAAAGCAAUUGUGAUCAUUUUAGAUUUAAAUACAUAAUGGUAAUAAGAUCGUUUUCAAUCACUAGUUGAUGAAUAGAUUGAAGGUUACAAAGAGAGAUUAGAAUAAAUGAAAAAAGAAUAUAAAUAAUUAGAAGAAAAGUAUCAAAUGUAAUUAAGAGGAUAUUAAUUAAAACUAGUAAUUGAAUAAAAAAAGAAUGUCUCAUUAAGAGAAGAAAAUAAUAAGAUUUGUUAAUAAUAUAAUCAUUUAGAAGAUCAAAUUAAUGAACUUAGUAAUAUUGAACAUGCUAAAGGUGAUCUUUAAAAUAUUAACUAAAAAUUACAUGAAAUGGAUUUAAAUUUUAUGAGAUUCAAUAAAGAAAUAUAUGAUUCUCAUUAAUAAGCAUCAACUUCUAUUAAAUAAUUAGCUAAGUUAUUAACAAUUAAACCUAUUAUACCUAAAUCAUUUAUAUAAUAAAAAUAUGAAUAAUUAAAUAUUCAUUAUAAAGAAUAAAAACCUUGUAUUGAAUUAAUACUCAAUCCAAUAAUAUCCUAAAUUGAAAUUGAAUUUUAUCAUGUUGAUCAACACAACAAAAAAUAAUUACCAAAUGAUUUCCUUUAAUUUCUAUUUCAAAAUCUUAGUUUUUAUCCCUCUUAAUCAGGUGUUGAAUUAUAUUCAUUAUGGAUACAUGCUGAUGAAUAAUAAUUUGUCAAUAGUAGAAUUGAAUUAUUAAACAAAUUGAAUCAAAAUAAUAAUAAUAAUGAUUAUUACAUAAAUGUAUGUUAAUAAAUCAUUGGAAUUAAUACAUAAUUUCCAUCAUCUCAUAAAAUCAUAGAAGAAACAUUCAGAUAUAUUAAAAUUAUAGAAUUAGCAUUUUUGUAAUAAACAUCACAUAAUUAAAAUUAAUAAAGAUCCAGUUUAUUUCUUAAAUAAUCAAGUUCUAUUGAUUUUGAAUUAGAAAUUAAUUUAUCAAAGUAUUGUAAUUAUGUUCUAUAACUGUAGUUAUUCAACCAUUUUGCCUCAAUAAUUAUAUGAAUAUGUAGAAUCAUUGUCUCAAUCCAAUAUCAAACUUAUACAAUUUACAUAUCAAAUUAUAAUAUUCCUCUAAUAACAAGAAAGACUUAAAUGGAAUUCCUUUUCUAAAUUUUAUUUGAAUAAUAUCAAUAAAUUUAAUUAUAGAUUAGAUACAAUUGAAUAAUUCUACAAUAUAGAUGUAAUAUUGGUAAUUAAUUUUUAUUAAUCAUUAGAUUUGGUAAUUGAUAAUUAUUCAUUAAAGAUCUAUGAUAAACAAGAAAUAAGAUGAAAUAAUAAUAAAUGAAGAUUUCUUUGAAUAAUUAUAUUAACUUUGGUUAUAUCAUCCAAGAUCUUUAAUUAAACCAUCAAAUGAAUUGCAAUUAACUUAAUCAUCUUCACCAACUAAUAAAAAAACAGCAUCCCAAUAACCUAUAUAGAAAUCAAGUCCUCAAUUAAGAAAGUAAGGAACUAUGCAAUCUGAGACAUCUCGUAAGAAAUGA